CUGUUGCCUUCCAGAAUGGGGUUGGACUGGAUUGGUUUUGGCUAUGCAGCUUUAGUGGCUUCUGGCGGGAUGAUUGGCUAUGCAAAAGCAGGUAGCGUCCCAUCUUUAGCUGCUGGUCUUCUUUUUGGGGGUUUAGCAGGACUUGGAGCUUACCAACUUUCUCAAGACUCAAAAAACAUUUGGCUUUCACUGAUUGCUUCUGGAACCUUAGCUGGUAUUAUGGGCAUGAGAUUCUACAACUCGGGGAAAUUUAUGCCUGCAGGACUGAUUGCUGGUGCAAGCCUGCUGAUGGUUGGGAGACUUGGACUGAAGAUGUACGAGAAGCCACAUGAAGGAUAACAGGACCUCACACAAGGCUUGAGACACAUGGAUAAGAAGACUGAACACCAGACACCAGGAUGAAUGUGCUAUGGGAAUGAGAAGGAGAAAGAAAGAGCACGCCCUAAAUAGUGAAGGUCCUCAUUUUUAAAAACAUAUGAUAGAGGUCAUUGACAGUGUCUUAUUGGGUACAGAAAUGUUUCCUUUUCACAUUCUGGAAGUAACUACUGUUUAUGGUACGAAAUUCAGUGUGGUAUAUUUGUUGUAGAUGAAGGCAAAGGCAGGCUUUUGGCUUAACCAAUAAAGAGAUUAUAAAUUAUAAGGCAGCAGGGAAGGCGUGGCUGAAUGCAGUUUUUAUCUGUUCCGCUGCAUGGAGGCAGCAGAGAACAGGGUUGGCCUGGCUUCCACCAUGGCCCAUGUUGCUUUAUUGUAAAAGCUGUGGGAAUAGUCCCUUAUGCUGGUGUUCUGACGUAACAGUACACUUUCAAAUUCACGAAGCAAUAACAUUUAUGAGGAUG